AUGCCUUCCAGGGACGAUAUUCGCUCCCUAUCCACUGAGCAACGCUGGAUCCCUCCUUCAACUGUUAGACGCGAUGCACUCACCCCAGAAAGCCGAAAUGAUCUCAUCUUUAGAAAGGUGCGGGGUAUUCUUAACAAGCUCACACCGGAAAAAUUCGCAAAGCUGAGCAACGACCUGCUCAACGUUGAGCUUAAUUCCCAUGUGAUUCUCAAGGGUGUUAUUUUCUUGAUCUUCGAAAAAGCACUUGAUGAACCCAAGUACAGUUCUAUGUACGCACGGCUGUGCAAACAGCUGUCUGACGAAGCCGCAAACUUUGAACCCCGUAAACCGAUCGAUGAAAGUCAAAAAGGCCAGAGCACAUUCAGAGUUCUUUUACUUAACAAGUGCAAAGACGAGUUCGAAAAUCGUUCAAAAGCAAGCGAGGCAUUCGAGAAUCAAGAUGAGCUUGGUCCCGAAGAAGAAGAGCGCCGACAGGUGGCCAAGCGCAAGAUGCUUGGUAACAUCAAAUUCAUUGGGGAGCUCGGGAAAUUGGGUAUCGUAUCGGAGCCGAUUUUACAUCGUUGCAUCCAGCAGUUACUGGAGAAGAAAAGGCGAGGGGGAUCCCGGGGGGACGCGGCGGAGGAUAUCGAAUGCCUCUGCCAGAUUAUGCGUACCUGCGGCCGUAUCCUUGACUCGGAUAAGGGCCGCGGACUCAUGGAUCAAUACUUCAAACGUAUGAACUCUCUGGCAGAGAGUAGGGAUCUUCCUCUACGCAUCAAAUUCAUGCUGCGUGAUGUGAUUGAGUUACGCCGUGAUGAUUGGAAACCGCGCAAGGCCACAAGCACCGAAGGCCCUAUGCCGAUUAAUCAGAUCCGCAACGACAACGAGGAGCCAUCGCGGGGAAACGGUUUCCACAGAGGACGAGAGGAUCGCCUCGGUGCGGAGUUUUUACGAAAAAUGGGACGAGGCGGAUUAGACGUGGAGAUGAUGGGAAGUAUACCAUUGACUUCCCCCUCAUUCGGUAUGCCACCACCACCAUUCAGUCCGAAUGGAUUCGCAGGAACUCCUGGCGUUGGUUAUGGCCGCCACAACCAACGUAAUCAGCCAGGAGGAGGCUACUAUCCAAACCAGAGUCGUCAUCAGAACAAUUAUGAGGGAAAACGCAACCAACCGCAACAUAAUUUACCGCAAAACUUUAACAACAAUAGCAAUAAAGAACAACUUCGAUUCAACAAAAAUAAGAUGCUGAUCGGAGGACAUCCAGAAGAAGUGUCUCUAAGACCCUCAGCCAAUUCAAUGAUGUUCAAACAAACCAACAUCAACUUGAACCUACCUCUCAACAAUGAUUUGUUCCCAGGACGGGGCUCAGACAUGCCACUCUUACGUACUACUGCUCUGAAGCCCAGCUCGCCUUUACUGCACAAAGAAACACCACCUGCUAUUGUGAUCAAACAAGGUCCUGUAGACAAACGGGAGAAAGCUAGGGACAGAAAAGACAAAGGACCUACACGAGAGGAAGUGUUGAAGAAGGUGAAUGCCUUAAUGGACGACCUCGCGUCCCACACGAAUGUGCAAGACGCUCUGACAGCCUUCAAAGAUCUUAAGAUACCCGAACGAUUCUUGCGUCACGCAAUCUGCACAAUGUAUUCAAACACGUUAGAUCGUGGAGAUUCUGAACGUGAGCUCGCUGCCAAACUCAUAGCUGAAUUAAAAAAAGAAAACUUGCUCACUCUACAGCAAGUGAACGAAGGAUGGAAGGAAUUAGUGGCCAGUAUUUCGGAGAAGGAGAGUACCGUGCCUUUGGUAGCGUCUCACGUUGCCUUGCUGACAGCUAAGGCUAUAGUGGACAAUUUAAUCCAAUUGACGGAUCUCGCCUCGGAAACAGAAAAUGGUCGUCAUCAUCCACUGUUUCUAUUGACCCUACAGCAACUCCACAAAACCCAGGGCAAGGCGAGACUUACGCAAAUCUUUAACGACAGCAAAGUGGAUCUUAUCAGCCAACUGCCAGAAGCGGAAAAAACGAAGGAACGUUUGGGUGAGAUCUUGGAAGAUCGGGAAUUGACUUUCCUCUAUCCUCUUCUCAGAAUCCAGGGUGAUAUGUGGCGUCAAUUAGAAGCUGAUCCGGCGCCCAAUGCUCUUUACAAAUGGAUCAAGGAGAAGCUGGAUCCCCAACACCAUUCUGAUCCCGCAUUCAUUAAUGCUAUGAUGAAUGUACUUUUCAAGUAUAUCACUGGGGAGACAACAUUGGCGCCCGGUGUUGAUCCGACCGUAAAUCCAGACAAACAACUGCAAGAGAAGGAAAGUGCGUUACUGCAGAAAUAUGCACGCUUUAUUCGCACAUUCCUGACUACCAUCGACUCACAAGUUACGGCUCUUCAUGCGCUUCAAGUGUUUUGCUUCUCGCACAAUUUUCCAAAAGGGCUGCUGCUACGAUGGUUCAUAGCACUCUAUAACCUUGAAGUUAUCGAAGAAGAAGCAUACCACAAAUGGAGAGACACCGUUACCGAUGCUUAUCCGGGCAAGGGCAAGGCAUUAUUCCAGGUAAAUUCCUGGUUAACAUGGCUUGCUGAAGCAUCAGAGGAAGAAGAGGAAGACGACGAGGAUGAGAAGAAUUAAUUGCAAAAGCCUCGAGAGCAUUAUUCAGACUAUCUAUGAUUUGGAAUAGAGUUUUACUAUCUAUAUCGCUGAAUCACAGGAAGUGUUUCAGUUUUACUAAUUGAGUUAUCACCAUCCAGAAUUGCAAACAUCUUGUUAGUCUGUCUCAAGCCCUCACGCGUGGUUGGAAAAAGAACGGACUUUACAAUCAUGUCUGAAAGGAAUAAGAUAGUUUGUAGUCAACGAGUGGUAUACGACAGACGUUUCAAGCAAGACGUUUUAGAAUCUUUUUUUUAGAUAAUUAAAUAUCGGUAUAAUUUAUAAAAUAUAAUAUUGAGCCAGCAGAAAUAAUCAAGAUACUACGCCACUGUAUGGUCAUGGUGCAGAAAACAAAAAAAGAAAAAGCACGAGACAAAUUAAUCUGGUCAUUCUUGUGUUAUCCGAGUUUUUGUCUAGUAUUGUGCAUGUGUCACGUUUUGUAAGUAUCCUUUUUUGUUCGCGGCAAUAAGUGGAGUCGUUUUGUUAUCUCUGUGUACCAAGCAUUACAUUUAUUACGAGGAAUUAUUACUAUGAUUAUUAAUAUUAUUAUUAAUUAUACAUAAUUGAUUAUUAUCAAUAACCGAAAUAUAUCUACAUCUUUCUAAUGAAGACUAAAAAAGAAAAAAAAGUAUGUCGAAAUUAAUCAGAAGCAAAGGGCCGACAGUAGUGUACGUAAACAGUGAAGCACUUUUCUUUUCGGAACAGAAAUGAAAUUAGAUUGCAGUUUAGGAUACACCAAGUACAAGCGUUAUACCCCUAAAUUAAAACAGAAAUGAAAAAAAAAUGAGCAACACCGUUUGCCCGUGUAUCUACUUGCUGCGCCAUUUGAUUCUAAUAAGUACUAAUUAAUUACAAUUAUAAUAACAACCAGCAGCCAACAUCACAUCCAUUUAACGUAAUAAUUAGCGAACACUAGUGACACGACUAAAACUCGUAUUUAAAAGGAAAAAAAGAAUAAAAUAUGCCUUGGUGUAAUUUAUUACAGAUGGCCCUCUGGUUGUUGCGUUGAUGACCGAUCAUCACACCUCACCUCACCUCACCUCACAUUUCCCACUUUAUAUAUACACAUAUAU